CCUUUCACGCACCUCCUCAAAGAGAAAGACGUCUCCGGCGGAUUACCUCGGAAUCAAAAUUCAGUGAAGAAACCCCUUUCGCCGGUUUGCCUCAGAUACAUUUUCUCCUGUGAUUAACCGGCCAAGUUAGAAGCUUCCGCCAUGGAUACUGUUAGUCAGUUGCAGAGACAGUUCGUUGACCACACAACAUCGCUCUAUCGUGAGGGAUUUGUGGACGAUCAGUUUACUCAGCUUCAAAAGCUGCAAGAUGAAAACAGUCCUGACUUUGUAGUUGAGGUUGUUACUCUCUUCUUUGAUGAUUGUGAGAAGCUUAUUAACAACAUGGCCAGAGCUCUAGAACAGCAACAGGAGGUGGAUUUCAAACAGGUAGACGCUAGUGUCCAUCAACUCAAGGGUAGCAGUUCUAGCAUAGGUGCAAUGAGAGUUAAAAACGUGUGCGUUACCUUUAGAACUUUUUGUGAGGCCCAGAACCGUGAAGGGUGUUUGAGGUGUCUGCAACAGGUGAAUCGUGAAUACUCUCUACUGAAGAAUAAGCUUCAAACUUUAUUCAGGCUGGAGCAACAGAUUGUUGCAGCAGGUGGAACAAUUCCUGCAGUCGAAUGAAAGACAGUGAAUUGUCCUCUUUGUAAACGAGGGGAGGCUGAAUGCCUUUUAGAAAAACAAAGGGAGACUGAACAGCAGAUGUCGAGGAUUUUGAAUCCUCUUAUUAGAUUUUUGUAGUUCUUGAUGACUUAAUAUUGAAUAAGCAUUUUGCCCCACUGCUAGGGAAGCUCAUAAUUCCUUUUCUCUAGUUGUCCCGCGUUGUGCUUAAGUUUUGUUCUGUCAAUCUUAUCAAAGACUAUCCAACCGUGUGGAUGAAUGGCUAUGGUUAUGGCAGAUUAUAAAUCUUGAUAAAUGAGUAUUGAUAAUCGAUUUUGGUGUAUGGAUGUCAAAAUUCAAAGCUUCAUAAACGUGACUGUUUUCU